UCCGGUGUAACGUUCGGGCUCCGUCUCCGGCGGGGCUGAAGUUUGUGGGGCGCAGAAUUGAUUCCCAUUUGCAUUCUUCUUUUCCCAAAGAAUGGCUCUUUCAAAGCGGGAGCUGGAUGAGCUGAAGCCAUGGAUAGAGAAGACAGUGAAAAGGGUUCUGGGCUUCUCAGAGCCCACAGUGGUCACGGCGGCCCUGAACUGUGUGGGGAAGGGCAUGGACAAGAAGAAGGCAGCAGACCACCUGAAGCCGUUUCUUGACGAUUCUACUCUCCGGUUUGUGGACAAACUGUUUGAGGCUGUGGAAGAGGGCCGGAGUUCUCGCCAUUCCAAGUCCGGCAGUGACAGGAGCAGAAAGCGGGAACUGAAGGAAGUAUUUGGUGAUGACUCUGAGAUUGCCAAGGAGUCGUCAGGAGUCAAGAAGCGGCGGAUACCCCGUUUUGAGGAGGUGGAAGAGGAGCCAGAGGUUAUCCCUGGACCUCCCUCUGAGAGUCCUGGCAUGCUCACCAAACUGCAGAUCAAACAAAUGAUGGAGGCGGCAACGCGGCAGAUUGAAGAGAGAAAGAAACAGCUGAGCUUCAUUAGCCCCCCAGCACCCCAGCCAAAGACACCCUCUUCCUCGCAGCCAGAGCGACUUCCAAUUGGCAACACUAUUCAGCCCUCCCAAGCUGCAACUUUCAUGAAUGACGCCAUUGAGAAAGCGAGGAAAGCAGCUGAAUUACAAGCUCGGAUACAAGCCCAGCUGGCACUAAAGCCGGGCCUCAUUGGCAAUGCCAACAUGGUGGGCCUAGCAAAUCUUCAUGCCAUGGGUAUUGCCCCUCCGAAGGUGGAGUUAAAAGAUCAGACUAAACCAACACCAUUGAUCCUCGAUGAGCAAGGUCGGACGGUAGAUGCGACAGGCAAGGAGAUCGAACUGACACAUCGCAUGCCUACUCUGAAGGCCAAUAUUCGUGCUGUGAAAAGGGAGCAGUUUAAGCAGCAGCUGAAAGAAAAGCCAUCGGAAGACAUGGAGUCCAAUACCUUCUUUGACCCUCGAGUGUCCAUUGCCCCUUCCCAGCGCCAGAGACGCACUUUUAAAUUCCAUGACAAGGGCAAAUUUGAGAAGAUUGCUCAGCGCUUACGGACAAAGGCUCAGCUUGAGAAAUUACAAGCAGAGAUCUCACAGGCAGCUCGAAAAACAGGCAUCCAUACUUCCACUAGACUGGCCCUUAUUGCUCCUAAGAAGGAGCUACGGGAAGGGGACAUCCCUGAGACUGAGUGGUGGGACUCCUACAUUAUCCCUAAUGGCUUUGACCUCACAGAGGAAAAGCCCAAGAGAGAAGAUUAUUUUGGAAUCACAAAUCUUGUUGAACAUCCAGCUCAACUUAAUCCUCCAGUCGACAAUGAUACACCAGUUACUCUGGGAGUUUAUCUUACCAAGAAGGAACAGAAGAAACUCCGGAGACAAACAAGGAGGGAAGCACAGAAGGAAUUACAAGAAAAGGUCAGGCUGGGCCUGAUGCCCCCUCCAGAACCUAAAGUGAGAAUUUCGAAUUUAAUGCGAGUAUUAGGAACGGAAGCUGUGCAAGACCCUACGAAAGUAGAAGCCCAUGUGAGAGCUCAGAUGGCCAAGCGACAAAAAGCGCACGAAGAGGCCAACGCUGCCCGGAAACUUACAGCAGAACAGAGAAAGGUCAAGAAAAUUAAAAAGCUUAAAGAAGACAUUUCACAGGGGGUACACAUAUCGGUAUAUAGAGUUCGAAAUUUGAGCAACCCAGCCAAGAAGUUCAAGAUUGAAGCCAAUGCUGGGCAGCUGUACCUGACAGGGGUGGUGGUUCUGCACAAGGAUGUCAACGUGGUAGUAGUGGAAGGGGGCCCCAAGGCCCAGAAGAAAUUUAAGCGUCUUAUGCUGCAUCGGAUAAAGUGGGAUGAACAGACUUCUAACACCAAGGGCGAUGACGAUGAAGACUCUGAUGAGGAAGCUGUAAAGAAAACCAAUAAAUGUGUGUUAGUCUGGGAGGGUACAGCCAAAGACCGGAGCUUUGGGGACAUGAAAUUCAAGCAGUGCCCUACCGAGAACAUGGCUCGGGAACAUUUCAAAAAGCACGGGGCGGAACACUACUGGGAUCUCGCUCUGAGCGAGUCCGUGCUGGAGUCGACCGACUGAGACUUGCAGCCGAGCCUCGCGUCCUCCCUCCUCUCCUGCCCAGUCCCAUCCUCGUCUUUCUGCAGUCUCAGAACUGUAUCAGUCUGCUACCACGGGGACACCGAGGGAACCCCGCGUUCCUCUCCCAGGCAGCCUGGUGCGCAGCCCUUGCCCUUCUGUGCAUACGAUUAAAGAGUUAUUUUUAAA